CGCAUCCCAGCAGUCCCUGCUCGGGCUUGUGCGCUGUUCUAGAAAAUUCAGGCUCAUACAACUUCUAAUUCCAACUAUCUUUAGGCAUUUUUCCACAUUUCGUACAGAACUGACUUUCAGCUGUUAAGAAGGCGUGUGAGAUUUUAUAUCAAUCCAAACAGCUCUGCUGCACUUGUCAUUUCACCCUGAUGUCUUUAGCUCAUCUUUGGUCACAUGACGAUGCAGAGCCACAUGUCAGCAAGCAGCGAGCUGGAGUUCAUAAUGUUUUCUCAUCACGCACACUUUAGUAACCCUAACUUGGACACAAUUACUGGGCCAACCAAAGGCUCACAUCAUUUAACCAGUGGAUCUAUGCCAAAUGCAAGCUGGGAGAGAAGAUGUAUGAGGAAGCAGAGAAGAAGUACAAACGACGGAAGCUGCAGUACAAAAAGGCGCAAGCUGAUGGGAGAGGAAGGAGCAGAUGUGGCAGAGCAUCCAAGUUCUAAAGUGAGCUGGGAAUGGUCUGUGGACUUCACCAGUCCUUCAUCAGAGACCAGCUUGGUUCAGCUACAGACCAGACCCAAGGAGGAACAGAUGGGUCUGCCUUAUACAGCCUCUCCUUCUCCACUACCCAGAGUUCAUCCAGGGGGGUCAGGCAUGGAAGUAGAGGCAGCUCAAAAGAGACUGCAGGAAAUAGAAGAGCGGAUAACUUUGGAAGAUGACAGUGAUGAGGAGUUGGAUGUAGAACCAGCCCAACGCAGACCAGUUCUGGUGAUGUCUGACAGUUUGAGAGAGGGGCUACAAAGGGGGAUUGGCGACAUUCUUCCCCAUACAGUGGCACAGUCAAUGAACCACUCUUGUAUGGAACUGGUGCUGUGGCGCCCCCCAGAGGACCCUCUCACCCAGAGGCUGAAAGACUCCCUACAAAAACAGCAGCGCAAGCAGCUGUCAUUAAACAGACAGACCCCUACACCCACACCAACUGUCAGCAGCCCCCCGCCUGAGGUGCAGUUCACAGCAACCAAUGAGCAAACCUUCACCCCUCUGUUCAGCAGCCCUUCAGCCCUCAGCUCUGGAGAAGAAGACAUGGAGUUAUAGAGGGACAACUGUAAUUAGUUCAUGUUUCUUUGUAUGAAACAAAAGAAAAGUUAACGCAGGGCUUGGUUCAGAUUUGUUUGUGCCAUGUUUGUUUGUUUCAACCGACACCUUGGCCAUUGGAGAUCACUUUAUUUGUGGUUGGGACCAUACUUGCACUAGUAAGUAUCCUGUGUGAACCUGGUCAAUGAUGUUUUUCUUCUUGCGGUACAUUGGUUGAACAUACACUCAUCGUUUUAUAUUCAUUGCACAGAUUUCCAGAUUUUCAUGUCAUUCAUAUCUGAACUCUGAGAUUUAUGUAUCUCUAUACAGUUAAUACUAUUGCAGUCGACUAGUAUUAGAACCAGAUUCAGAUCGAUUGAUUUAUUACAGACUGCCAUAUUUUCAUGUAUUGCUUGUGAACGGACAGGCAAAACCUGCGACUCUUUAUUUUGUUAUUCAUGUUGAUGGCCAUAUUGUUUUGCAAAUGAUAACAGAAUAUUUGGUAAGUGUCUGUUCUCGUUGAUAAAUGUCAACAUUUUUUGAUUGUCUGAGAGCAAGGAGAGAUUGUUAUGGGGACUGAAAAAGCUGUAAUCUUUACAGCUGGUUUUACACAAUUUGUUUAACACAAGAACCCAGUUGAUUUUAUUUCCGCUAUCUGCAAAUUCUCACAAUCUAUACCCUUAGAAGACCAAAAAUGUUACAACAUAUUGUUGGAGAUAAGAUGAUGCAUGCACCUUUUAAUCAAGCUAUUGAGUUUUGUUAUCAUUAUCUGGUUAUGUUUAACUAGGUAAAGAAUAAACUGCACAUAUAACCUGAUGAUUAGAAAUGGCUCUUAUUGGCCAAACGGUAAAAUAAGAUGAAAAUGCACUUGGCCUGUGGUUAAAAUAUGUUUUGCAGUUAUUGCUGUAUUUGUUUGACCUUUUUUGUGGUUUAUACAUUUUGACUAGUCAAAAUAAAAAUAUGUAAAUAAUUUUGAUUUUACCACAUUAUGAAAGACAGAGUUUGUUUUUAAAU